AUGCGGCGCUACCUGCGCGUCGUGGCGCUGGGCCUGCUCUGCGGCUUCUGCUCGCUGCUCUACGCCUUCAGCCAGCUCGCCGCGGGCCCCGAGCGCGGCGCCGACGGGGAGCCGCGCGCCGCGGAGGCCUCCUGGCUGGCGGGCGGCGGGCGCGGCGCCGUGAGCGGAGCGGGCAGCGCGGGCCCCGGGGCGGGCAGCGCGGGCCCCGCGGCGCGUCCGGCUCGGGCGGACAGGUGUGCCGGCUCCCCGCUCUGUUACUGGAAUCCCUAUUGGAUGCUGCCCUCUGAUGUUUGUGGAGUGAACUGCUUUUGGGAAGCGGCUCUUAGGUACGUUGUCCUGAAGCCUCAGCCUGCGGAGAGAAUGCACCUGGCCGUGGUGGCCUGCGGCGAGAGACUGGAGGAGACCCUCACCAUGUUGAAGUCAGCCAUCAUCUUCAGCAUUAAGCCCCUGCAGUUCCACAUCUUUGCCGAGGAACAGCUGCACGACAGCUUCAAAGGCAGGCUCGACGGCUGGGCACGUCUGCAGAACUUUAACUACACGCUGUACCCCAUCACCUUCCCGCCGGAGAACGCCGCUGAGUGGAAGAAGCUCUUCAAGCCCUGUGCCUCACAGAGACUGUUCCUGCCUUUAAUCUUGAAAGAAGUGGACUCCCUGUUGUAUGUCGACACCGAUAUCUUAUUUUUACGGCCUGUGGACGAUAUCUGGUCUUUACUAAAAGAAUUUAAUUCCACACAAAUUGCUGCAAUGGCCCCAGAACAUGAGGAGCCUCGAAUCGGAUGGUACAACCGCUUCGCCAGACACCCCUACUACGGAGAGACCGGGCUCAACUCUGGGGUGAUGCUUAUGAACAUGACCCGGAUGCGUCGCAAGUACUUCAAGAACGACAUGACGACGGCCCGGCUUCGCUGGGGAGAUGUUCUUGUGCCGCUGCUCAAGAAGUACAAGCUCAACAUCACGUGGGGCGACCAGGACCUGCUCAACAUCAUGUUUUUUCACAAUCCAGAAAGCCUGUUUGUUUUCCCGUGCCAAUGGAAUUACCGCCCGGAUCACUGCAUUUAUGGAAGCAACUGCCGGGGGGCUGAGGAGGAGGGCGUCUCCGUCCUUCACGGGAACCGGGGCGUCUACCACGACGACAAGCAGCCCGCAUUCAGAGCCGUGUACGAAGCCCUGAGAAACUGUUCCUUUGAGGACGCCAGUGUGCGCGCCCUGCUGCAGCCCCUGGAGCUGGCGCUGCGCAAGACGCUGCACACCUACUGCGGCCGGAGCUAUGGCCUCUUCAUCAAGCAGCUGGCCCGCAGCGUCCGUGACCGCUCCACCAGGCUGCCACGGGCCACAUGACUGCUGCUGGGCCCCGCUCUGAGAUGACUGCCGUGGCGGGGGCCGGCCCCCUGCGUGGACUCAGAAGAACAGACGUGAACUGUGACAGAUGACGUCCCAGGCCCUGGAGGGUCAGCUGGGAUCUGGGGCGCCGGCAGCAGGAAGCUGUCUCCUGUUUUAAAUGCGUUGUGAGGUCACUUGGUGGCGCCCAUUUGGCGCUCCCUGCCUCGGAGCCCUGCAGGCCUACUGCUGCCUGGUGGUCCCAGGGGUCCCCCUGAAGGCCUCAGCCGCCUCAGGGCCAUUGUUUACAGGAGCCGGGAGGCUCUGCUUUAAGGGAAUGUGACGUCCGUAGUGUCCCCGUGACAAUCUCCACGUGCCUUUGUCCAUUUCAUCUCUGCUCCCUGGUGCUGUUGUUGACAAUCACGGUGAACGUGGCCAUUGGGCGAUGAGCUGGCCAUGCGUUACAGGAAGGACAGUGAGCACUUUGGGGUGUGUGUGUGUGUGUGUAAGAGACAUGGUGUUUGCGUCUGUGUGUGUGUGUUAAACUCUUGCCAAAACUCUAAGAUUGUUAGGCAGAUACUGGAGGGAAAUGUUUAUCAGUUUAAAUGAAUACUUCAGCUUUACUGGACAUCUGGAAGCAAACUACAGCAUGCUGGCAAUAAGGGGGGACCCCUUGGUUAGGCUGGUGCUGCAGACCGCACCGGGCCAACAUGCGUCGGCGCAGGAGAAACUGACGGUGACGUGGGAAGGCGCCGGCCAGUGGAACUUUUCUUCUACCUCAGAGUGGGUUUGAAGGCGUGUGUGCGGGUGCGUAGUCCGGCAGAAGGCACGGGAGCUGCUCUGCUAGGUCUGACUGUAAGAAUGGCAGUGCUGGGUGCUCUGCCUCUCUUAGCGUUUAUUUUUUAACAUCAUGUAAGACAGCUGUAUGUUCUAGAACUUUGACUGAGAGCAUCCUGUGCUCCGGUGGACCUGUGCCGUCUUGUGUCUCCAGGUACCACCUGGUUUAGCUCAGGUGGGAGAAGGAACUCAGGCAGGUCUUACAGACACAGCCCCCCAUCUGUCUAGCCGAGAGUUGGGAGAGCAGGUCAUGCCAAGGCUGUUCCCCCCGCAGAGCAGGGCACAGGCAGCCCAGCACCUACCGCAGGUGGACGCUGGGUGGCCCUGCCCCAUCCUGCUCGGCAGAACAGUGAGUGCGCGAAGCCGCGUAUGGGGUGCACAGGAGUGUGAAAGUGGAACGUGUGGGUUGGAAGGUGUGUCUGAGAUCGCUUCCGAUGGCCCCUGUGAUGGAUGCCGCGUGAGAGCCCUGGGGUACUGGGUCUGGGGUAGAACCCUGCAAAAAAUUGACGACAUGGUAAAGUGCUGCCAACUGGGCCAUGCCAGCACCUCAGUGUGUUUCCUGUUUCUCCCCUUUGGCUUUGCUGAGAUUUGACAAAGUGAAUCCUGCACGUUGUGCUGCUGCUGGCUGAGCUGUGGUCUCGUAGCCCACUCGCCAGGGUCCUGACUUCCUGGCCUUGGGUGGUCUGGUUGGAGUCGGCGUGGUUCCACAGGAAGUCAGCCAGCCUUGGGGAACCUGGCAUUUACUGCUUGCGGGCCAUGUGGAAGUCGGAGCUCGUGUGUGGCAACUCGUGGCAUGGUUGGGUUUGGAAUGUUAGAGGAAAUACUUGGGUCCUAAAGCAGGAUAUGAACUUGUUAGUGGAGCCCAUAGGAGUUGUUUUCUGGGUGAGCAAUGUGUGUGGUGUGAUGCCUAAGGAAGCUAUAGGUUGUGGUCAGAGCUUAGUCCCUGGGCCUGAGUUACCUUAGCCCCAAACUGAGAACUUUUACCAUCAGCAGGUUGGGGUGACGACUCUACCAAGACACUGUCCUAACCUGAUACCACCGUGGGUGUCACAGUUCACCUGGAACAAGGCUGGAUUGAAUCUUGGAGAUUUACCUGGACAUGGUCACUUUCCCCUUGAGAAUUUUCUAGAAACACUGUCCUCCGAGUCAGGUUAAGUGGGAGCUGGGCCACUUGGAGAACGGGCGUGGUCUUCCCUGAGGCCCUGUGCCGUCUGUAGUUGGCGUGACCCUUGGGCCAAGUGCUUGGUGUCUGUGCGUUAAGACAAGGUUAAGCUUGCAGGCAUGUCCGGCCCACAGGUUACCAGAGCCACGGGAGUCAUUUGGAGCAAAGUGACGCCCUCUAACUACUUGGAAAACCUUUAGAAAGUAGAUACUUUAGUUACACUUGAAGAAAUGCAUUCCCCACCCGUACAAACAGUAGUACAGAUGCAUAAAAUGACUGAAUCCUGUUCUCUGCACACCUGGACGUGGUGUGACAACCUGCAGGCCCUGGCUGUGUGCCCCGCUGCAGCCUGCGUCCCUGGGGGAUGAGCACCUGCCGUGACAGCCUGCAGGCCCUGAGGGAUGUGCACCUG